AUGCCAUCAGAGUCCAGCAACUGUGGGGCAUUUGUUUUGGUCAUGCCAUUCUCUGGGGGUUUCUGAGAUCCGAUAUUUGAGGCAUUUUCAUAUGUAUGUAACAAAACUGUUGACCCCGAUCCGUUCACUGCUAUUUUUGGCAUACCACCUUUGGAUUGUACUGCUACCACCCACCAGGCGAAUGCAGUAGCAUUUGCAUCACUUCUAGCUCGCCGUCUUAUCCUCUUUAAUUGGAAGACCUCGGCAAGACCUCCUUCUCUUACACAGUAGGUUAAGGAGGUGAUGUCAUCUCUGCCACUUGAAAUGGUUAGAUACACUGUGCGGGGGUGGUCCCAAGAGAAGUUUGGCCUGACAUGGUCCCCUUUCAUUAAACAUGUAGAAAGCCUAUUUUUCACAUAGUUUAGCUCUCACAUUUCAAUAUAGGCAGUCAUGUCCUGUGUAAGUGGCUGCGAUGUGUUAAUAGGAAUCCACUGUUAUUGUCAUACCCGUUUUAUUAUCUUUGUUAUUUUUCAUAUUCUGUCAUACAAGCACUGUUGCCUUGUUGUUUUCUCCAGCCACUGUAUGGACUGGAUUAUCCUGGUCCUGGGGGCCCAGGGGUGCAAGUUUUGUACUUGCCCUAGCGCCAGCACACCUGAUUCAAUUUACCAACUCAUUACCAAACUUUUAUAAAGGACUGGGGAUGUUGUAUUGAUUGAUGUCAAUGUCUCUAUGUUCUCAAAUUUGAAAACGUACAAAUAAAAAAAACGAUAUUUACGUAUUUCUUUCAUCAGUCCACUGUUAAUACAGACCCAAAAUGUUUUGGAUGUCAGCAGUCAAGUUUUCAAGAUAUUAAGCAAAGUGUCACUUGCCACAUCAUCAUGAUGAUGUAAAAUGCAUCAUAUGAUGCAAAACGCAUCAUCCUGAUGAUGUGGCAAGUGACACUUUGCUUCUUGAAAAUCAAAUAUCUUGAAAACUUGACUGCUGACAUGGAAAACAUUUUGGGACUGUAUCAACAGUGGACUAAUGAAAGAAAUACCAAAAAUAUAGUUUUGAGUGGAUUUUCCUUUAAGAGCAUGAGUCAUGAGAAAGUACAGUUAUUUAUUAGUAUUUAAAUACUGUAUAAAUACUGUACUUUAUACUUUUGAAAAAACUGAAAAGGUAAUGAAUUCAUACAUGACUGCAGGAGUGCAUAACUGAUUUUUCUUCCUUUUUAAUGACAAAGUCAUUCAUCUUAGACAUUUGUGUUGACACAUUAUUUUCAAAAUAGACAUUUACACAACAAUAAGACAUUGAGAGAAACUCAACAAAGACAUUCUCUUUCUUAGUUAGAGAAUAAAGUUUUGAAACACAAAAGAACGAAAACAAAAGAGGUUGCAUGAGCAAUGCCAUGGACACAAGUUAGUCUGCAUUUGAAAGUUUCCCACUGUGCAAAAACUUGUUGAAUCAACGUUGUUUCUAUGUAAUUUCAACCCCAAAAAUCUAUGUGAUGAUGUUGAAUCAACGUGGAGAACUGAUUGGAUUUGCAAAAGGUCAUCAACAUAAGGGCAUCUCAUUUCUUUUCACCCAACUUUUAACCUAAAUCCAAUGACAUGGUGACAUUUUUUGUUGAUUUCACGCUGAAUUCACGUUAGUUGACAACUCAACCAAAUGUAAAUCAAAACUAGAUGUUGAACUGACGUCUGUGCUCAGUGGGUUGUGUGUAUGAGUCACCACUGAAAUAACAUUCUCUCUCCCACAUGUGCAAACACACACACACACAUACACACACACUUGCAUUAAUACUCUUUACAACCUCUUGGAACGUGGCAAUCAACAAGACUAUGGCAUGAGCCGAACAACAUGUACAAAAAUAGAGAGAUUGAUAGAAAAAUAAGAGAUCUGAGAACAGGUUUAAUAGUAGGAUGUGAGGCAUCUGCAUUGAUAGGGUUAGAUUUACUCAAAGUUUGCACCUGGUAUCUUUAAAAGGGAUCAAAAAACUACCUUUAUUGAUACUUUAACUUAAUUAUUAUUCUUCUCUUAACCUUUACCUUUUGUUCAUUCUUUUAGGUUUUAUUACUUAAAAAUAACAGGCACACGCUUUGCAAAGGUGCAAAUGCUUGAACCAUCCCCCUUUCUCACAUCCCACAUGGAAAUGCCUUACAAAAAAAGAUCAGAAAUGUCACAAAGAAGAAUACAGCAAAGAAGGACAAUUUCCAGCUUGUGAACCCAAACAUAUAUUGCCCAUACACACACACACUCUCUAAAAUAUCACAAAUAUAUAUCUCAAGCAUCAAUUUCAGCCCCCUCUAUCUACUGGUAAAAACACUCUCUAACAGUAUGAGUCAGGCCUGAAACUACUGCACACUUGUAGUGUGCAAGAGUUUACAGGCCUGUCACCAGACACUACACGUUUGCAGGAGUUUACAGGCCUGACUCAUACUCUAAUCCUCUCUCCUCGUAACCUCCUCCCUCUCACUCACUCGGACCCCUUUCCCUCUCUCACUUUCUCCCUCCUUUCUCUGUCACACUAUAACUCAUCUCCCUCUCUCGUCAUCCUAUUAUAGUUUCGGGAGAUAUGAGACACACUAAGUCCAAACCUUGUCCCUCUACUUCAAUAACAGUUCACGUUGUGUCCCUCUCUGGUCCAAAAUACAUUCAUUUACACAAGUAACACACCAUCAUCAUCCUUAAAAAGGCCCAUUGUCCUUUGUCUAAAAUGAACAAGUUUGGGUUUAUUCACAAAAUAUUCAAAAAAAACCUGUUUCUUCCUUUUAGACAUGUAGGCACUUAAAGCAAAAAUAUUCACAUACACAUAUUGCAUUUUUUCUUCUUCUCCUUGAUCAGCCAAAACGUGGGUAUCUAAAAGAUAGCUCUUUGGUUUGUAAACAAUGUCCAGUUCUUCUUUUGCAUUGUCUGGGGUAAGCAUUACUUCUUAUUUUCACUGGUCAGAAAAAGGUAAACGCAUGGUCUUCGUAGCCAAUCAGGACGUGUCCACAACUUCCUGAUUUCUCUCACUUUCCUACACAAUACACUCAGUGUUUGCCUAUGUACUGUAAAUGUCUUAUGUAUGCACUGUAUGGUGUGUGAGCGUGUGUCUGUGUUUUUAUGUAUGAGUGUUAGGGAGUAUACUGUAGGUGAGUGUAUAUUUAAGAGUGAGUCUCAAAUUCAAGCCAUUGCUUGCAAAAACAUAACCACUAACACGGUGGUUAUGUACAUAAUUUCACUGCAUCAUCAACACUAGUAGUAUUCAGCCCUAAGCCGAAUGUUCCUAUCUCUGUCACUCUGUGGUGGUGCUUGGUUGUCCAGCAAGGUGUUUAGCCUGGUCUCCUAGGACUGGCUAGUCGCCAUUGAAAAACUGGCCUCCUGGGUUCAACCUCAGCCUCAUCUUAGCUCAGCCUUCUCCUGGCUCCCCUCCUUUUGCCCUCCUCUCCUCCACCACUGGCUUUCUGCCCAGGAGGAAAGCCUUCUCUCCAGGGUCAGACCAUAUCCAAGUGGCCUCUCUUCUUCUUCUCCUCUCCAUCCUGCUCACAACCAAAGCAAAAAUAUGCCUCUCUUUGUGUCUCUGUUUGAAUAAAGAGAGGAACCACCAUCAUCCUGUGAUCCAUCCAUUAGUUAGGAUGAGAAUCCUGUUGUUCCAUGAGCGACUGUGUGUCCACUAUCUCACAAUCAGUUGCAGGGCAUCCAUGCAGUGUACAUGGGGUGGUUGGGAGGCGGUUGGUGUGGAGGGGGGUAUUGCUGAGGGGGGUAUUGCUGAGGGGGGUACUGUUGAUGGUGGUACUGUUGAGGGGGGUACUGCGGAGGGGGGUAGUGAGGGUAAACAGUCUGCACCUGGGCCACAUAGUAGUUGCUGAAGUUGCUGUCGGCCACAUAAGGGGCAGGCUGGUAGUAGCAGGUGACGUUGGCCGUGUUGGGGAUGACGUUCUGCUCGGCAAGAACCCGAAGGGCCAGGGAGGAGAUGAGGCCCAGUGUCUGUCUCCUCUCGUGGCCCAUCAGGCACACCGUGCUCUCCUGCACUACCCCAUGCAGAGUGGCUAG